AUGAAGCUUGCCUCGAUCUUCGCCGCUGUUCUUGGUUCAGCCAGCGCUCUUGACGAGCUCAAGAUCGAAAAGACCCACGAAAUCGCCGAAGCUGACUGCAAGCACAAGUCGCAGAAGGGAGACAAGCUCUCGAUGCACUACACUGGCACUUUGAUCGACGGAAAGAAGUUCGACUCCAGCCGGGACAGAAACCAACCCUUCCAGUUCACCCUCGGCGCUGGAAUGGUCAUCAAAGGAUGGGACCAGGGCCUUUUGGACAUGUGCAUCGGCGAAAAGCGAACACUGACGAUCCCACCUCACUUGGGCUACGGCGACCGAGGAGCUGGAGGAGUCAUCCCCGGCGGCGCCACCCUUCUCUUCGACGUCGAGCUGCUCAAAAUCAAGCGAGGAAACGAUGAACUCUAA